GUGCCCAUGUACACUAAUUGGUGUGGUAAACUCACAUUGGUUUAAUUUAAGGCACAUACAGCAUAUGGACAUUUGGACAAGCGACAAAAUUACAACAAGUAAAAAUGCGACGAUGGCAGACUCCAUUACUAUUACUAUUUAUCAUUCUAAUAAUUGUUAGUUUCAUUAACUUUAAAACUUUAUAUAAAACACAGAAUAACAAAUUGGAAGAGAGGGAACACCACAAAACACCAGUUCCAACUUAUCAACCAAAUCAUGGAAAUGAGGAAAAUAUAAAGACACAAAAUGACAUCAAAGAGCUGAUUAGACUGGCUAAAUCAUCUGAACUGAAGCUCGAUGAACAAACAAAUCUUAUUCAGGAACAAGCUGCGAAGAUAGACAAAAUCGAGACAGGGUUACAAGAAACGAGGAGUAGCCAAAACAUUGAAACACCAAACUCGACAUACAAAGAAUGUGCACAUGUCCAAAUCAAAGAUGUACCACAAAUAGUUGAAAGAACAAAUGCAUCUAAAGUUCCAGUGGAAUUUUACAAUUUACGUUUCCAAAACAAUUAUUUGGAUGAUUUCAAAUUUGUUCACCUUGAAAGUGAUGUCUGCAGUGGAGUUAAAAAUGAAAAGUUUAUCAUAUUUGUUGUAAUAACAGACACCACAGAGAAUGCAAAAGCGACGCGGGAAGUUUUACGUGAAACUUGGGCAGGUGUGAAAACCCACUCUGAUUGGACAAUUCGAACAGUCUACCUAAUGGGAUCAACCAAUGACACGCAUAGAAUGGCUUCCAUUGCUGAUGAAUCUAAAAAGUAUGGUGACAUCAUACAAGCGAGCUGCGGGGACGCCUAUAGAGAUAUGAGCCUCAAAGUAAUGAUGGCAUUAAAAUGGGUGGAGAAAUAUUGUGCCAACGCAAAAUACGUCUUCAGAGGGACACAUGAUAUUGUUUUUCAUUUUGGACGAUUUUUUGAAAAGAUAAAUGAACUUUCAAAAAUAACGACAGAAAGCGAUAAUGUGUUUUGGGGCUGCCCUUCGACUAAUAUGAACAUCAUACAUCAUGGCGAUAAAAAGUUUGAAAAAUGGGCUCAAGAUUCUCCUGUCGUCUGGGAAUCAAAGCAAUAUCCAACUUACCUUGGCGGAAGUGGAUUCUUAAUGAAUUUACAAGCUGUGAGGUCAGUCAAUCGUUUAUAUUGUCGGACACCCAUUACUUGGCCCGAUGACACACAUAUGGGGGCAUUUAUUGAAUUGCUUGGAGUGCCCCCUAGAGGUGAAAAACUUUACUGUCAAUGGAUACAAUUUGAGAGACUUAGACCAAAUGUUAUAAUUGUACAUAUAAAUCAGAGUAAACUAAAAAUAUUACUGCCAAUGAUGGAAAAAGUGUGGAAAACACUGAAUAACUGACAUUUUAAAAUUUGAUCUCAUGACAGACUUGUCAUG